ACAAAGGGAAAGAAAAGCGAGAAGAGCAUUUGGAAAGUUAGUAGUCUCAUCGUCCGUAGCACGCAGAAAAAUGUUCCACAUGUGAAGCGCGUCCACACUUAAUAGGAAAACCAGUCUAAACCACAAGAUUCUAUAAGACUCUUCCAAUACCGCCCAAACCCAUGCGAGAUCAGCCAAGCUCGGCUCAACCCAAUUUUACAGACGGGGAAAGAUUGAAACUUGCGUAGAAAUAAGAUAGAGAUAGAGGGUUUGUGAAUAUGGAAGCUCGAGUUGGGGUCGUAGUGGAAGGAAAGCAGAGAGCUUUAAAUUCAGCUCAGGGAAGCGUGGUGGAUGGAGGUGCCAGGACAUUUUUACAGCAACAGAGCCAAGCAAAGCAGUCUAUGAAUCAAUCGGCUCAGGUAGGCACGGUGAACCAGCUCUUAGCUGGUGGUAUUGCUGGGGCUUUUAGCAAAACCUGUACUGCACCUCUUGCUCGCCUCACCAUCCUCUUUCAGGUGCAAGGAAUGCACUCUGAUGUUACAGCAUUGAGUAAGGCCAGUAUAUGGCAUGAGGCUUCACGUAUUGUAAAUGAAGAAGGGUUUAGAGCAUUUUGGAGAGGCAAUCUGGUUACUAUUGCUCAUCGCCUUCCAUAUUCUUCCGUCAGCUUCUAUGCUUAUGAACGCUACAAACAAUUGCUGCAUUCACUUCUUGGCGAAAAUCUUAGGGGCAAUGCAAGCACGGACAUGUGUGUGCACUUUCUUGGUGGUGGGAUGGCAGGAUUAACCGCUGCCUCAGCCACCUAUCCACUGGAUCUUGUGAGGACACGUCUUGCAGCUCAGAGAAAUGCACUAUACUACAGAGGUAUUGGGCAUGCAUUUCAUACAAUUUGCAGAGAAGAAGGUUUUUUGGGAUUGUAUAAAGGACUUGGAGCGACACUGUUGGGUGUUGGGCCCAGUAUAGCAAUAAGCUUCUCAGUUUAUGAGGCUUUGAGGUCUUUUUGGCAGUCUGAAAGGCCCAAUGAUUCGACUGUCAUGGUCAGUCUUGCCUGCGGCAGCCUUUCAGGCAUUGCCUCAUCAACAGCAACGUUCCCUCUGGAUCUUGUGAGGCGAAGGAUGCAGUUGGAGGGGGCUGGUGGUCGAGCUCGCAUCUAUAAUACCGGCUUAGUUGGGACUUUUAAGCACAUAAUCCGGACUGAAGGCCUACGGGGCUUGUAUAGAGGGAUUCUGCCAGAAUAUUACAAGGUUGUCCCCAGUGUAGGCAUUGUCUUCAUGACUUACGAGACACUGAAAAUGCUUUUGUCGCGCAUCCAAACAAGUGACUAGUUGCCUCUAAAUUUCCCGUUUUCCACCAUUGGUCAUGCCAUGGAAUUCGCGAAAUCACCGGGGUUUCCAACAUAUGAAGGUAGGGAAGAGGAUAAAGUUGGUUAAACACACAACAUAGGUAGAAGAAUAGUUGUGGUAGUUGAGAAAUAUUUGGUGGUAAAUUUUGCUGUUGCUGCCAUGUGACCAUAUUUAUUUCUGUAUAGGAAGUUUAGUUAGCUGCAUGAGUUACAACAUGCUCCCAUUUUGAUAUAAUUAGGUAGCAACCUAAGUAUUCAUUGAUGAUUACCAUCGUAUUAAUUUUGUUGUUCCAGCUCCUUUGUUAUGUUCCAUUUUUAUUUCAUUUUAUUGAAGUCUACAGUCAAAUGACAUGUUAAAGCUGUUAUGAACUGUUGCUGAGUAUCAAGAUGAUACUAUUUUUGGAAAUUUAUGUAGAAGGGGGAAUUUUAUAUAUUUAUUAUACCUGAAGACUCGAGAGCUGACUGGAAUUGCCAGCAA